UGACGUGUAGUUGGUUAAGAUUCCUGUCAGCUUGAAAUGUCCGCCAACUUAAAAUGUUAUUUCUGCACAAUGUUCGUCCACGACAAAACCUGGCCGUUUGUACUUGACACCAACUCAACUAAACUCCUCUCCUUCUCCUACCAUAUCAAAGUCCGAACUUAGUUCCUGCUCCAUGGAUCGAGCUUACACUGAAAUUCUCGUGGUGCGUCAUGGAGAAACAGCGUGGAAUGCAACUGGAAGAAUUCAAGGACAUAUGGAUGUGGAAUUAAAUGAAGUUGGAAGACAACAAGCAGCUUCAGUAUGUUGUUUUCUUGAAAGACUAUCCCAAGAGCCUGAGAUAUCCGCCGUAUAUUCUUCUGAUUUAAAGCGAUCUCUCGAAACAGCUGAGACAAUUGCUGCAAGCUUUGGCAAGUUCGAGGUUAUUAAAGAUCCAGACUUACGGGAACGACAUUUAGGGGAUGUUCAAGGUCUUCUGUUCCGUGAAGCAGCCAAAGUACAUCCUGAGGCUUAUCGAGCAUUUUCGUCUCGCAGGACUAAUCAAGUUAUACCAGGAGGUGGAGAAAGCUUAGACCAGCUCUAUCAUUGUGCUACAUCUUCAUUACAGAGAAUUAGUCAGAAACACACAGGAAAACGAGUCGUCGUGGUGACUCAUGGAGGUGUCAUAAGGGCGCUAUAUAGGCGGGCUUGGUCGACAAGGUUCCGGGGAAGUAUACUAAAUACUUCUGUGAACAUAUUUCAUAUAUCCGGUGAUGGUGUGUGGACCAUAAAAGUUUGGGGUGAUGUCACUCAUCUUCACCAAACAGGACAGUAUUCCAUGUCUGGUUUUGUGGUUAACAAAAACAUCAUCUGCUGUUACUUCUGUUGUCAUUUGAAUAAAUCAGCAAUGUCUUUGAAACUUAUUAGGGAUUAA